AUGUCGUGUAGAAUGAACAUCUUAAGAAAAUUAGUUACGAAUGCAAAACCAAAACUAUUUAUAAGAAAAUUAGUAACAUUGAAAACUGCAAAUGAACCUACACCAAUGACUGUAUUUGACAGAAAAGCUAAAAUUAUUCAAAAACAACGAGCAGCAAUAGCAGAAGAUAGUUCCGUUUAUGAAUACAUUAAAGAAGAAGUUGGAUAUCGUUUAUCAGAUCGCCUCUUUGAUAUAAAACGACAAUUUAAUUUAGUGGUUGAUCUAGGUUGUGGAUAUGGACAUGUAUCAAAACACAUUUCCAUAGACAAUGUAAAAGAGUUGAUUAUGUGUGAUAUAUGCCAAGAAAUUUUGAAUAAAGCCAAAAAUCCUGAGCCCGAAGUAAAGGUUAGUAAAAUAGUAGUAGAUGAAGAGAAAUUACCUUUUGAAAAUGAUAGUAUUGAUUUAAUAAUUAGUUGUUUAAAUCUUCACUGGGUAAAUAAUUUACCUUCAACUUUCCUACAAAUUAAAAAUUCUUUGAAAAAUGAUGGAGUCUUUUUAGGAGCAAUGUUAGCAGGUGACACUUUAUUUGAAUUACGAUCGUCAUUACAAUUGGCAGGCAUUGAACGUGAUGGAGGUAUAGCACCUAGAAUAUCACCUUUUGUUCGUCUUAGGGAUGUGGGAGCACUAAUGCAAAGUGCUGGAUUUUCAAUGCUAACAUUGGACACCGAUGAACUAAUUAUUCGUUACCCAUCAAUGCUUGAACUAAUGUGGGACUUAAAAGGCAUGGGAGAAAAUAAUGCUGUUCUACAGAGGCCAUUGCGACUGAACAAGAAUACUAUGUUUUCGGCAGCUGCUAUAUAUGAAAAACUUUAUGGUAAUAAUGAUGAAGACAGUGAUACUAAAGGUAUCCCAGCCACUUUUCAAGUUUUGUACAUGAUAGGAUGGAAACCAGAUCCAUCACAACCAAAACCAUUAUCCCGAGGUUCAGGACAAAUAUCAAUUAAAGAUAUUGGAGAGCUUGAUAAGAUUGUCAAAAACUUAGGAAAGAUUGAAACCUAA